AUGAAGCGAAGGGAACCUGUUCCUGUCAGCUGCUGCUGGAACGGUAUGGGUCAAUUAACGCUCGGUCCAGUCUUUAUGCCUGCGGCUUCAUUUGUUGGUGAUCAGGGACUCACCUUCCGAGCCAUCGACGACUCUCUCGCAGCAAAACAUCUCGAGGGCUCCGAGUGUUGCCUCAUUCAUGCUGACAAUCCAGAGUCAGAGACGAGAGGUGUUUACCUUAACCCCAACGUUCGCGUCGGAUAUGACCGCCGCGCUUAUGAGUUGGUUCACUCUAGCAGAUCCUGGCUCACUCACACUCAGAUCUUGUCCGGCCUGUGGAAGAAUAGGCUGGCAAGGUGGUUCACAGCGCCGUUGUUCAAAGAGUGGUGGGUUCGAAGUUUGGAGCGUGAAUGGCAGAGGCAGAAUCCUGGCCGCAGUAAGAACGGGAUGAUGUGCAUCAUCAAUGAGAUGCAGGUGCUUGUUCAUAACGGUUGGGCCCAUGUUUGA